AACAAUGCAGACUUUACUGUUAGCUCUUUUUUCAUUGGCGAUGGUCCAAGCAAUGCGAGAUCAGUCGAUUGCUGUCAAGGGACGUCUGAUCUGUGGAGACAAGCCAGCAGCCAAUGUCAGAAUAAAGUUGUGGGAGGAGGAUUCGGGACCAGAUCCAGAUGAUCUUUUGGAGGCUGGAUACACUGACAGCAACGGAGAGUUCCAAUUGUCCGGAGGAGAAGCUGAGUUGACACCAAUUGAUCCUAUCUUCAAAGUCUAUCACGAUUGUGAUGAUAAGUACAUUCCCGGCCACCGCAAAGUAAAAUUUCUAAUUCCAAAGUCGUAUAUUACCCAAGGAAAGACACCAAAGAAGACAUUUGAUCUUGGAGUUCUCAACCUGGAAACUAUUUUCCCAAAAGAAGAAAGAGAGCUCAUUGUCUCCAGAAAACGCCGUCAUCACCCAAAACAGUACAUCAAUGAGGAAGAUAGCUUCUAGAUUUUGAGCGAUUCAAAAAAAUCAAUUUAUUUACAUAUAAAUAAUACAUAUAUUCAAAUGCCCAUUUGUUUUCUUCUCCUUAAACCUUUUGCCACUGCUUACUCAAUUGUGCAAAAUAAUUUUCUCCAGUUUCUUGUUCAACAAUGUUUUUACCCAGUACAUUUUUUAUCUGAAAAUGAAACAAAAAAGUGUU